AUGUCUGCUGCAGCACCGACCGACGACAAUGAGGUAGUCCUCAUCACCCAAAUUCACCCAGACAUCGUCAAGAUUACGUUGAACCGGCCCAAGGCCUUGAACGCCAUCAAUUUCGACCUGCUCCGUGGUCUGGUUUCCGCACUACGAGAGAAUGCUGGUGUCAAGAUCCUCGUCCUUGAAGGCGCAGGCGAACGAUCUUUCUGCGCAGGGGAGGAUCUCAAGCAGACCUUAGCUCCAAAGACAGGGUCUGGGCAGGAACUCAGAAUCGCUUUCGACCUACUCCAAGACAUCACUCGCCUGACCAGCUGUUCGCAGUCGAUCGUCAUCUCGGCUGUCCAAGGGUUCGCCAUUGGAGGGGGUGCGGAGAUUGCCCUCGCUGCUGACUUUGUCAUCGGAGGCCCUGGAGCCAAAUUUCGGUUUCCCGAAGUGCCCAUUGGACAUGCUGCGACGGGAGGAAUCACCCUUCGGUUGACAAGUAUUGUCGGGCUAUUUCAGGCCAAAAGACUGUUGCUUCGCGGCCAAUUCAUCGAAGCAGAUGAGGCUGCACGGCUGGGCUUGCUAACGGAGCUGGUCGAGGACCCCAAGGCUCGAGCAUUGGAAUUGGCAUAUGAGCUUGCAGGCCUUCCGGCGGUGUCCUUGUCUUCAUCCAAGACUUCGCUGGAGAGAGCUGUAUUCCCGAACAUGGAAGGGAGUAUGCAGGAUGAGGUCAAUGUUGCGAGUUACUGCUUUGCUCAGGCUGACGCCGAAAAGGCCUUCACCGACUUUGCUGCGAGAAAGAAGGUCGCUAAUGCUGUUAACGGACUUUCUGCUGACAAGGGCUCACACGGUCGCCAAGUCAAUGGUGUUUACAGUGACAAUAUCGAUGGCGUCAAACCACCAGAACAAGUCGCAUCACCACGUCUUCGGGACAUAAACUCGGCUUUGAGCCAUGCUGUGCUUGUGUGGCCAGAUCGAGUAUUUAUUCGGUUUGGUGGAAAGGACACCACGUUCAGAGAAAUGGACAUGCUUGUUGGGCGCCUCGCUCGAGGGCUCCAAACUGCAGGAAUCGGCGCAGGGGGACGAGUCCUAGUCAUGAUGAAGAACGGUCUCGAGAUGGUCACAAGCUGGCUUGCGACAAAUCGGCUAGGGGCAACGUGGGUUCCUAUCAACACCGAAUUGAAAUCGAUCACUCUGAGGAACGUGAUUGAAUCGGCAAACCCAAGCCUGGUCAUCGCAGACCACGAAUUCGUUGCAGAGCUAAGUACCCUUGCCGUUACGGACUCGACAUCUUUAUGGAUCAACGGCGGCGUAAACAUGCCAAAUGACCUGUUGCGACUAUAUAGCCCUGAUCCGCUGGUCGAGGCAAUAAGAGUUUUGCCUAGCACAACAUCAGCAUUUUUGUUCACCAGUGGCACGACAGGACGGUCUAAGCCGUGCAUCCUGUCCCACGAAUACUUCAUCUUGCAAGCUCAAGCACUUAUUCAAGAAUGCGGUUUGAAUGAGAACGAUGUGCUGUAUUGUCCCUUUCCACUAUUUCACGCAGAUGCGACGGCAUUGACAACGAUUCCAGCUCUGCUGCUUGGAGCAGUGGCAGCAUUGUCUGUGCGUUACAGUGCCAGUCGAUUCUGGGAUGAGAUCCGUGCCGCGGAUGCGACGGUGUACGACUUUAUGGGAGCGACGCUCGCGUUGACCUACAAGCAGGAGCCAUCACCAGGUGAUAAAGACCACCGGGUACGGCUGGCAUGGGGUGUGCCCAUACCUAGCUUCGCGCCAGAGUAUGAGCGACGAUUUGGCCAUCGUCUGUACACAUUGUAUGGCAGCGUGGAAGCAAGUCUGCCGAUUUUCCAACAAGGCGAACUUGCUCCUGGAUCAUGCGGUCGACUUCGCAAAGGAUAUCAGCUCCGGAUCGCGGAUGACGCUGACGAAGAGCUUCCUCCCAAUACCCCCGGACAUCUUCUCCUGAGGAGUGAUCAACCCACGGCGUUCUUCCAAGGAUACUUCAACGACACGGCCAACACUCUGGCUGCAUUUUCGAAUCUCUGGCUGCACACAGGCGACCUUGCCAAGGUGGAUGAGCAAGGAAAUGUGUAUUUUGUGGGGAGGGUCAAGGACGUCAUCAGAAGACGAGGUGAGAACAUCAAUGCAUCAGAAGUUGAAGGAGAGUUUUUGCAACACCCCGAUGUGGUGAUUGCAUCGGCUUAUGGUAUACCCUCGGAACUAGGCACAGGCACAGAGGAGGACAUCAAGGUGGCAGUGAAGAUUCGGCAAGGUAGUAGAGUUUCAGAAAAGGAUCUGUGGGAAUGGUCAGCUCGACAUAUGGCACGAUUUCAAGUGCCUGAUGUGAUUGAGAUUGUGCAGGACAUCAGGAAGACGCCAACUGGCAAGAUUGAGAAGCAUGGAUUGACUUCAGAGGGUGGUCAGCGAUUUGACCGUCGAGCCAGGUAG